GUACAAAAGUUCUUUGAAAAAAGAAGUACCACUUUACCCAUACGCACUUCCCAUACACACUUCCCAUACGCACUUCCCAUACGCACUUCUCAUACGCACUUCUCAUAUACACUUCCCAUACACACUUCUUAUACGCACUUCCCAUACACACUUCCCAUACACACUUCUCAUACGCACUAUCAUACACACUUCCCAUACACACUUUCCAUACGCACUUCUCAUACACGCCUCCCAUACACGCCUCCCAUACACAUUUCCCAUGGCAAUGCAAAUAAACAAGAGUUUGGCAUUAUUCUAGUCUGGUUGAGAAAAUUAAAGAAGGCCAUGAAUGAUGAAAUCAAGCAAUACACCAAAUGGAUUAACGGCGUAUUCCGUCGAGCGUGGAAGCCGCAUCACAUGAAUGAUCUGUUGGAAGAAAUUAGUUCAGGCUUGAUGCUGGUGCAUCUUACAAAUGCAUUAUAUUUCUACGACCUUCCCAUAUUAUAUAAGGCUCCAUCUACACAUUUCGAGAAAGAGCAGAACGUUCAGUUGUGUUUGGAAGUGCUAAAAACAGAAGGGGUUAGGCUAAGUGGUGUGAGAGCUCGUGAUGUAGCAGAUAAAAAUGUUGAGGUUAUACUUUCACUUUGCUCGUUUUUAAAAAGACAUUUCUCAACGUGGCAACUAUUAAAAGUUCACUCUUCAAAUAACAACAAGAAUCCUGUCAGCGUUUUCGAGUUGAUAAAUAAAUCUGUGCAAGCUAAAUGCACAGUACUUCAGUCACACCACUCAACAAGAAGUUCUUCGGCUGGUACACUGCGCUGUGAUGAUCAAGAGAUCACUGUUGCGAGACCAGCUUCACUCCAAACAUAUUAUCCGGUCAAAAACUACAACACUACAAGAAUUUCUAUCUCUCCAGAGGAGAGUUUGUUGACAAACACAUUGUAUGUGAAGGAGGACAUGGGUUUAUUGGAAUGGGUUUCGUGUUUGACUGGCUUUACAGUGGUUGACUACAGCAGUUUUGCAGAUGGAAUAAUCUUAUUGGAACUCGUGAAUCGCAUUCUACCAGUACAAAUAUCAAGAAAGAUAUUUUAUGCUGUUUCCUACCGGGAGCGUGUCCAGCUCAUUUUAGACGCCAUAUAUCACGACUUAAAAAUCGACACUUGUCUGACUCCGCUUGAUAUCAUUGAAAAGCGAAACUUUAAACAUUUUGUUUCUCUGUUAAGAUCGCUCAAGAUUUUGCAUGAAGAAAACGUAACAUUAAAAAAAUUGAACGCUUCCAAGCAAGUUACGUGGGACCCGAAUACAUUUGGGAAGAAUACUAGUCGUGAAAAGUAUCUUGGGUGUAAGAAACAUGAGAUUUCUUGGGUGGAAGAUAUGAAACAAUAUGUUCCUAGUCUGAGUUAUCGAGAACAAGACUUUUCCUUGUCUGAUCAAACUUCCGGAAGCCGAAAAGAUAAAGUAGACAAGAGUGUUAUCAAGGAUUUGCGUGUACGAUUGGAAAAUAUUCGUGAAUUAGAUAACUCGAAAGACGGAGUGCAUCAGCCUGUGCAGAAAAACGUCUCCGAAGGAGAGAAAAGUGAAAAAAGCCUUAAUAAGCCGAUAAAAAAACAAGAGCGACUGGACACCACUCCUUUGAUGGAAGGAUCAAAAAGUACCUACACUCCUCCAAGAUGGUCCCAGAUUUUAAAAGAAGAACUUCAGUUUCUAGCAGAAGACAACGAAAAUCGAUAUGUAGCUUCCGUGUCUGGGGAGGAGACGUUAGUAAAUAACACUUCGUCUGUUCGCGGAUUGGCUGCUAUCGACCAAGAAAUUGCAGCAGUCUUUGAGAAUUACUCAGGCUCUGAGGAGGAGAGCGUCUAUUGUCGUUACACUUCUUCCACUCCAUUUUUUGUUCCAAGAAUGUCUUCGGAUUGUUCCACGCAGGGCCGCCGAACGGCUUCCCCCGCAAACAAAGCCACCCCACUCUCCUCCACAAUUAACCUGAAUGACCGGAACGUUCUGGAUUUUAAUGCCAAGGCUGUUCCGCAGAUUACAAUUAGCGAAUCGAAGACAGAAAACAAAUCAAAAACGGGAGUUCAAAAAGUACCUUUAAAACAGUCGAAAUGGCACGCUGUGACUGACAUGGUGCGGGCUCAGAGUAGGUCACCCUCAGGUUUGGUGCGCUGAAUAUAUUCAUUAUUUUGAAAAUUCAUGGUUGACGUGUUUUCAUAACCUAAAGAGGACUGGAAACUAAUUAUAAGAAACAAUCCCGCACCAUAAAGCCUGAUGCGCAGUACAAUUUUAUGCUCGUGUUAAUCUCAGGCGUCUAAAAUUUUUUAUAAUUUGUUUCUCUACUAAGCGUAACAUAAGCAUGUCCCAGCCUGAUUUUAAAAGAUCUGUAUUUGUCUUUGUGCAAUUUUUUGUACCUGUUCUUUUAAAACUAAGAACAAGACUGAGUUGGUAAGAUAAAACAUCUUACCAACUCAAAGGCUAUUUUUCAACAGUGAAUGAUUCCUUCAGUAGACAAGCGUCACAACACAUUGACAGAAUACAAAAUAUAACAAACAAGGGAAAAAUUCCAAAUCAGGAUUGGGUAUGCCACAUUGUAUUAUGCGAUAGGGAAACAAAUAUUCACCUUCACAGAAUUGUGUAUUUUUUUACGAAACAAGACCUGAGGCUUAAAUACAAUGUUGAUAUGUAAGAAAACAUCUACUGUAAAUCUUCUAAAAGAGCCUCUCUAAUUUAGCAGUUUUUGUAGACUUUGCUAUCUAGAACAGGUGUUUAAAGUCGAACGUGCUCCACUUGCGGGAAAAUUGAAUAUGGCUGCGUUAAUUUCGAAAUAGCGUAUGCUUAUGGUUAUAAGCGACCCACACUUAUAUGCCUAAUAUUUUUUUAUUUUUGAAUACCCCGUGGGGUAAGUUAAUUUUUCUUCUUUAAGCAAUUUGAAAUUUGUUUUUUAUGAUAUAAGGAUUGUAUUUGUAUUAGCAUUUUCUAAGCUUGUAUAUAUUUUAAUAUUCUAAUAUAUUUCUAUUUAAUUUACUUCUUGUAAGCAGUAAUACGCCUUAACUCAUCCAUGUGGUUUACCUUAAGGAAAUAAGUUUUCGCGGGAAUUUAA